CGUUGUGGUUUUGUUUGACAGAAAGUGGACAAGAUGUAUCAAAUCAAUUCACGUAAAUGAUCGGCUAUAUAAUAAUCAGCUCUAGCAGAUAUAUUUGUCACGACCAGACAAAAUGGCAAAAGCUUGGCGAGGAUGUAAGCCUCAAAGCAAGGAAUUUUCUAGCUCUGAGCAACACCUGAACAUUGGCAAAAACCCAAGCAAGGAAAUAUUUCUUUACACACAAAUGAGACAGUAUGGCAACCAAAAGAAAAGAGCACAAACAGUUGUGAAUGAUUAUAUUGCUAGAGCUUUGCCGAGUUUGCUGAUAGAAAAAGAGUACGAUCUAGGUGAUAUAAACAAGGUUUUUUCUUCUCACUGGCUGAAUGAAAGACAGGUUGCCUUUGGCACAAAAUGCAAUAAAUUGAUGGUGUUGGAUUCUUCGACAGGAAAACUUUUUCAAAUUCCAUCCAUAAAAAGCAGCGAUGAUAGUUAUCCUGCAGAGUGUCCUUGCGGAAUACACAGCAUUGCUUUAAACCCAUCAGGGACAUUGUUUGCCACUGGGGCUGAAAACACCAAUGAUCUGGCUAUUUACCAACUUCCAACCUUUGACCCAGUGAUGGUUGGGGAGAAAGGUCAUACAGAUUGGAUAUUUGAUAUUUCCUGGAUAGACGAUGAAUUUCUGGUGACAGGCUCUCGAGACAGUCGACUGUGUCUGUGGCGAGUGGACAAUGAUGACAUUGAUCAGACCUCUCGGUUACAAAGUCUACAGGUGCCAGAGUAUGCCAUCAAGGGUCCAGAGGCUGUGGAGUACUGUGACAAGGCUAAUAAAGUUCGAGCAUUAUGCUACAACGAUCAGAGAAAGGAGUUAGCUGUCCUUUCUCUGAAUGCUUACUUUUACCUCUGGGAUGUCGAGACGUUCACAGCUAAGACCUAUAGACGACUCUUUCAUACAAAGGAAAAUGUGUGUAUGUGUGUCUCAAAGGAAAAAACAUUAUAUGCUGUUGGUUCACAGUCUCACAUCAACCUUGUUGACCCUCGCUGCCCUAACACCCUUACAACCAUAAUCUCUCGUUAUCGUGGUGGAGGGGUACGAUCUGUGAGUUUCCGAGAUGAUGUUCUGACAAUAGGAACAGGUGUCGGCAAUAUUCUAUUUUUUGACACCAAAGCUGGGAAAUACUUGGAGUGUGGUUGUGGCCAUCCACUUACAAUGACAGUAGGGGAUGGCUUCUUGUCUAGAGAUGAGAACUACAGAGAAUUUUUUAUGGACAACAGUUAUCCUAACGCCAUCUACACACACCAGUUUGACAGUACAGGGACACGAUUAUUUGCAGCUGGUGGACCUCUACCAGCUGGACUGUGGGGUAACUACGCUGGUCUCUGGCAUUGAUAUUACUCUUCAUAGGACUCUGCAGCGAACAUGUGAUAGAGACAUUGAAGAUAUAAAACAUAGAAUAUCUAAAGCAAUUAGACUAGAUCUCAUCAACUUAUCAAACAUGUUGGAUAAGUCAAUAUUAAUACUGUCAUUACAUGAACUCGCCAAUAAGCCCAGGGAUUGAAACUUUUUCUCUGACUCAACAUAUUCCUUAAUUGUUGACAGUGAAAAAAUAAUAAAAGUUGAUAUGUCCACAACACUGUAAUAAUGCUGUGGGUUUAUUAUCAGACACAGCCUCUUAACAAAUACUUAUGGUACUCUACCUUAGUCAAUAUUUUUUGGUUUCAUGUAACUAGAAUAAGUUAAUUCCACAAUUAAAUUAUAGGCGAUAGCUUAAAUAACAAUUGUUUGGCAGUUUAAAAUUUGUAUUAAUUUACUUAAUUAAAUGUAAUUUUGAAACUGUACACACAAUCAAGUCAAUUUUUUGGAAUCAGUUAUUUCUUUUAGAAUAUUUUCAGUUGUAUAUUAUUAACUGGAACCGCUGAAUGUGUAGGAAUAUUACAAGAAGUGAUAGCAGACAAAGGUUCCCUCCUCUUAUCACAAGAUGAAAAUUGAAAAUAUUGAACUGCUUUUAAUUGGUGAUUAUGGCUUGAUGAAUGCCAACCGUAUAAGACAAAUUCAAAAUGAAGUACAAGUUCAUUAUACAAGCUCUAAAUUAAUUUUAGGAAUAAGAUCUAAAAUGUUUGGUUUUUUACUCUAACAAUUCCUGCUUUGUAACUUGGACAGCAUUUUCACAGUUAAAUAAAUAAGAUUUAACCCAUAUUUUGAUAUGAUAGAAAUUAUUAGCUUAAUGACCACGUCUCCUCAAACCUUUCAUAGUAGAUAUUAUUAAAAAAACCAAUGGUAAUUUUACACAAAUUAAUGAUGAAAGUUUUCAUUGUAUAUUUAAACAAACUAUUGGUGUUGAAAGUUUUAGGUGUAAAAAGGACACAAACAGAACACAAGCUGCUGAUUGAAGGAUAGGAAAAAUGAUACUGAAAUCAUGAAAUUACGUUUCAAUCAAAAGAAAUUUGAGUUUAGCAUACAACAAGCAUGAAUAUACAGCUAUUGUGACCAAGGAAAAGAGGAGCUUUCAUUGGUAAUCUUAUCAAAUAGUGCUUACCAUAACAGCAGUAUGAUACUCUUUGAAGAAAUCUUGUUGAAUCUUGUCUUAAAUUAUUUAUUGAAUAAUCAUCAUUUGAGACAAGCACAUAUACCUCACGGAAGUUUUGCUAUACUAACCUUUUAAAAAGGUGCUUCACCGGAUAUGGUGACCUGUUCAGCGUUGGAUACCAAACUGUUUGGGAUUAUUGCAAUAGUAAACACUUCCAAGUUUUUUCUGAUUUUUAAUUUUUAUUGAUAUUCAUUCUCAUAGUUGCUGUAAUAUUUUAAAAACUGUAAAGAUCUGUGUUAGGGAGAAGAGAUUUGCUUGUGUACUUCUGUUAUAUAUAACAGGGAUGUAGUUUAAUGAAUCUGGAGUUGGAAAACUAAAAACAAGUUUCCAUUUUCUUCACAGUAAAAAUAUGAUGACUGCUGUGUUUUUUUCUGUUUUGUUUUUUAGUAUUUAGGAGGAAUUUCCUUGGAUUAACGAUAAAAGUGCUUCAGUUGGAGCCAAAAUUAUUGAGUGAUUGUCACAUUAAUUGAAUGAUAUUAGACUUCUGGAAUUGAUUAAUCACUGGUAGUACAUGUAGGAUAUAUCAGCAUUGAUGUAUUCAAUGAAAUUGUCACCUUCAUUUUCAAGCAAAAUAUUUGUUACCAUUGAAUGUAGCUAUGAAUUAUAAUUUAUUUUUGGUUAAAAAUAGUGUUUCCUGGUGGAAAUUUAUGUAAAUGAGAUUUUUAAUUUGAUUAUAAUUGUUUUUAUAUCAUUUGUUUAUGUGAUAGACUGUAUCACUGUAAAGGGCAUUUAUUGUGUGUCCAAAACAAUAUGAUGGGUAGAUUCAAUAUUUCUUAUUUAAGAAUUACAGGGACUGUCCCUGUUGUCUCAUUACUCAUUCAGGUAAAGUCGUAACAUCUUUUCAAGAAUUACAUGUACAAAGGCAGUGCUGUCCAUUUAUAAAUCCACAGAUUCAAUAUUAGCUGGAACGAUAAGGUUUUCCAGACAAUAUAUCCCCAAAAUUGUUUUGAAGGUGUGUGUAGUGGAGAGGGGUCAGUAUUUUACUAGCAUCAAUUUUAUCAAUGUGUAUAUUUGAUUAAGUUUUACCUUUGGAAAGUUCAAUAAUUUGAUAUUAAGUCAAUAAAAUUGAAAUCAAAUAAUGAACUUUGUGUAUAAUUCUAAUUGUAAAAAUGAUUGAUAUGUGUGUUAAUAUUAACACUUGUAAAAAUUGAAUUUUAUUUGUAUAAAACAAUUUUUGUGUAGGAUUAAGGCAUGAUUAUGUAGUUACCAGUAAUAUGUAGAUUGUUUAUUGAUUUUACAAAGUUGUUUGUUUUUUGUUCCUGUGCUGCUAACUACUGUUAGAAAUAUAACUUGUUGUCUCCCUUAAGGAUGGUUUUCCCUAAGUGCAAGCUGAAAGCCCUACAAAUUCUCACAACUUAGUAUAUAUUUUAGCUUCUCCAUCUAGUAUUUUUGUUAAAAACAAAUACCGUACUUCCCUACCAUAUACAUAUAACCCAUCCUCAAUACUCCAGGGGAUACAAUCACUUUCACUCUGUACCCCAGGAUCAUGUCAUGGCAAAAUUGAAGGCACUUGUUAAGUUUGAUUUUGUGUGGGUCAAAAGGUUGAUAUUUUUUCUUGUGAGGGGAUAUUAAAAGAUUUAAUUAUAUUCUUGCAAUAGUAAGAUUUUAGUAUCAUUUGAUUUAGGUAAAGGUACAUUAGAUGGAUUACAAUUAAUGCUUUAUUAAAACAAUUCAUUGAUAUACAAAUUCAUGGAUUAAUAUUAGGCACGAAGUUCAUGAAAAUAUAUCCCCUACACAAAUUUAUGACUUUACAGUUUUGUUAAGAAGUUUGUGAUCAUUUUGACUUAAUGCUAUUUUCCUCAAAAGCUAUAGGUCAAUAAUUUCCAGUUUGAAGAUUUUUUCAUGGUAAUGGAAUGCAAUUAUCUUUGAGUAUCUGGAUUAUUGCCAACAAGGAGAAGAGAAAUAACACUGUUGAUGGAGAACAUUACUGGGAAUGGGGAUACAUAUUACCCGAAAAGCAGUGGUAUUUUGUAUGUGUUAAUACUGUAAAAAAAUUCAAAAUGAAUAAGUAUAUGUGCAAAUGUUCUCAUAUUGUAGAAAAUUGCAUUUUUAAAUUUUAAAAUAAAUCCCUGCAAUAUGUA